AUGUAUGUUAUUGUAUGUUGCAGGGCUUGGGAAAAAGUUGAAAAGGAUGGAGUCAUAAAUCGAUUUGAAGCAAUCAAAGAAAAAAUGUCAGCUCUGUAUACCUGGCAAGAUGUGAGAUGCAAGCCAGAUUUUUUGGAUUCCUUGCCAAAACCUGAUUCACAUCUUAGGUGCUAUUCUGGUUAUGGGUGUGCAACAUUAUUGUGGAUGUUGAAAUAUAAACCAGAGAAGCUUAAACAUUUUACUUGCUCAGCAACUGUGCAAGAUUUUGUUGUAACAAUGUUAUGUGAUUUAGAAACGCCUAUUACAUCUGAUCAAAAUGCCGCUAGUUGGGGCUAUUUCAACACUGAGAAAAAUGAAUGGAACAUUGAUAUUUUAAAAUCAUUAGAGUUUCCAGUUAAUCUUCUACCAAAAGUAACAAAAAGUGGGCAAAUUGUUGGAAAAUUAAGUAGCUCUUGGAAUGGGAUCCCUGAAGGUACGCCUGUGGGUGUUGCUAUGGGUGAUCUACAAUGUUCAAUACUAGCAACAUUAGAGACCAGAAAUGAUGCAGUGUUGAACAUAUCAACAUCCGCACAACUAGCUAUUGUUGUUGAUGGUAUAACAGAUAUAGGCUGUCAAACAGUGGAAUAUUUACCCUACUUUAGUGAUACAUACUUAUUAGUAGCAGCCUCUCUGAAUGGGGGUAAUGUACUGGCUACUUUUGUGAAGAUGUUACAACAAUGGAUGCUUGAAUUUGGAUUCCCCAUUCCACAAUCAAAAGUAUGGGAGAAAUUAAUUGCUUUAGGUUUAGAGGCACCUGCAGGGACCACUAUGAAGAUAUCUCCUUUACUACUUGGAGAAAGACAUGCACCAACUGCUAAAGCAGCAGUAGAAAAUAUUGAUUUAUCAAAUAUACAGUUAGGACAUGUAUUCAGAUCUUUGUGUGAUAGUUUGAUAGAUAAUUUACAUUUUAUGAUGCCCAAAGAAAUAUUGAAAAAUGCAAAUAUAAAGAGAAUAGUAGGUAAUGGAUCGGGUUUGUCAAGGAACAAGGUUUUACAGAGGGCUGUGGAACAUUACUAUAGUUUGCCUCUCGAGUUUACCUGUGGUGGUGAUGCAGCAAAAGGGGCAGCUAUAGCUGUUUUGUCAAGUGCAUAAUUUUUAUGUUAUAUUGUAUUUUGUUUAAAGAACAUUUUAUAUUGCUUUAUAUUACUUAAUCUUAUUUUUAU